CCGCGAUUGGUCUAUGUAUAGACACGUGCUGGGAGAGGUCGGAAGUCCACAUUUAACAGAAGUGGCUGUAAAAGAUCAGGAUGGCUGGGAAUCUGACGUUCUACAUGACCUCGGUGACCAGCUCCCGUGAGACGAAAUCUCAGCAGAAUGAAAUAAAGCGGAUACUGGAUUCACACGGAAUCACAUAUGAUUCGGUGGAUAUUUCCAUAGACAAGUGCCUUCUGGACAAAAUGAGAGAGAAGGCCGGCAAUCCCUCUGCUGUUCCACCACAGCUCUUCCGUGGAGAGAAGUGCAUUGGGGGUUUUGAGCAGCUUAUGGAUGCUGUGGAAAAUGGCAACGUGAACGAGUUCCUAGAGGUGCAAAAUUAAGCCUCCUGUUACAGUCGCAGUGGAAUCGACCCUGCAUCUAUUCUGCUCAUCUUUAAGCUGGCUCCUAUUAUUUCCUAUGUCACUUUUUAGUCAGUUUUGUCACUGAAAACUUGCAAAGUGGUGUUGCGACUUAUAAUUUUUGCUAUAUUAUUUUUUUACUUUACACCUUUGGUCAUUCCAGUUUUGCAUAAAAUAAACCUACAUUCCAGAGGAAUGUGAUACUAUCCAUUCCAAAGUAAGCCUGGAUGGCAAGAGGCUAUUUUUUACCUUGUGAUGUUGCAAAAGCCCCUUACCCUUCUGGCCGCUUUCUGAUCUCCCGUCCCCAUUCCUAUUAUGACUGUGAAUAUAAAUGUGUCUUUCCUGCCAAAGAGGAAGUGAGUCUUCCAGCUGAUCAAUAAAUGUGUUUCACAA